UUAACAUCGACAUAAUUUAGUUUGUCUUCGUCGUUCGUUGCGCUCGUUACGUUUUUAUCGUCGUCGCAGUUUGUUGUUCCAACCAACGUGUGUGUGUUUUGCCCGUCGCCUUUUUGCAAUAACAAACAAACCAUAACAAACAAACACAGAGCUCGAGCCAAAGCCGCUUGCUUCAAUGUUGUAAACAAUUAGUAAAACGUAGCAUACUUUUAAGCGGCGAACGCCAAGCAAUCAACUAGACAAUUUUAUCAAAAUCUAAAUCAAAAGUUAAUUAAAUUGUGUUUCAAAACAGCGACUUGCACAUAUCCCAAGCAUAUAAACUAACUACACUUAAGUAAUUAAUACUGUGAACUUAAGCUUACGCCAUGCUGAUUGGAUUAGUACGCGAUUCGGUGAUGCAGUGCUUCUGCCACACCUGCCGAGCACCUGGCAUUCUGCCCUCUGUGGUGUCGAGAAGGUCGGCACCAAUUAAGAAAAAUAAUAAAAUACGUUCAAAGCAGCCGCGACUCAACAAGAAAGUCAAAUUUAUAACCACUGAGAUUCGCUGCCAGGAGAAGUCGCGCGGCGGUUUGAGCUAUGAGGUCAUACUGGCCGAGCCGGCACCCAAUGUGGCAGUGCCCAAGCGCCCCGUCACUCCGGGCAAGAAUGUGAGCGCUGAGGAAAUUGAGCAGAAGCUCAAGGCAGCCGAGGAGCGACGUGUGUCUUUGGAGGCCAGAAAGAUGGCUGAGAUUUCGAUUAAGCUGGCCAAGGUUGAGGAGGCUACACGCAAAAAGGAUGAGAUUACAAAUGAGUUCAUCACUCAGACCAAGGAGCAGCUGGAGAGCAAAAUGGAGACUCAUGUGGAGAAGCGUGAGGCGAUUAUCAGCGAUAUGAAGGAGAAGCUAAAGAUUCAUGCUCAGGAGAUUGAGAAAACGCGCGAGACUUUGGAGCAGCAGAAGGCCAAUGAGCAAAAGGCCAUUGAGGAGAAAUUGAAGACCGCUCAGGCCUUGCGUGAUGAGAACAUUAAGAAGAUGUUGGAUCGUCUCAAGGAGCACAACACAAUCAAAAUUGCUGAAAUCAAAUCGCAGGUCAAUCAAUUGGAAAAUCAAAAGCUCGAGGAGAAAGCGCGCAUUAUUGAAAACAAAUUGUUCACCGCCGAGCAGAACCGCGAAAAGGAAUUGCUCAAGAAAAUUGAGAAAGUUCAGAAACUUGAGCGUCGUGCUGAGGUCGUGCGUCAGAACAAGGCGCAGAGCCAGGAUAUGGAUGGACAGCAGAAUGCCAUUGCCUCAUCGGGUUAAGCACGUAGAGCGUGAUCUCUAAACUCUGAUAAAAAGAAAAGCUUACAAUACAACAACAACUACAAAUACAACAGCAACAAAUACAACACAUAUUUAAGCAAAUAUAUUUAAGCAACCAACAAAACGAUUUGCUUCAAAAAUUUCAAGUAUUAUACGAAAAGAAAAACAACAAAAAACAUUUGCUGAGCAACAAAGGCAGCGGCUAUAGAACAGCAGGCAGAAAAAUAAAAUCAACAACUACAACAAA